AUGACUAUAGAGCUAAAUUUUUUAAUUCUCGAUGAUGAUCUUUGGUUUGAAAUGCCACAAUUGGACACAAGUAUUUGUCGAGGUUGUAAUUUACCAAUCGAAGAUAAAUAUUUAUUAUCGGUUAUGGGAACAUAUUGGCAUGAAAAUUGUUUAGUAUGUACAGAAUGUCAUCGACAACUUGUUAGUACGUGUUAUUACAAAAAUACAAAGAUUUAUUGUAAAAGAGAUUAUUUACAACUUUAUGGUGUUCGAUGUCAUCGAUGUCAACAAGUAAUACAAUCGGACGAAAUAAUAAUGAGAGCAAUGGGAAAAAUGUUUCAUUUACAAUGUUUCUCAUGUUCUCAAUGUAAAGAUUUAUUAAAUAAAGGUGAUCACUAUGUUAUUGAUAGAGAUGGACAUUUAUUAUGUCGACAAGAUUUUGAACAAAAUUUGUUACUUAUGAAUAAUAGUCAACCAUCACAUCAUUAUAUUGCAAGCGAUGAAGAUGAUAGUUUUGAAGAAGAAUGUUCAUCUGAGAAUAGACGUGGAUCAAAACGACCUCGAACAAUUUUAACAUCUAUUCAAAGACGAAAAUUUAAACAAGCAUUUGAUAUUAGUUCAAAACCAUGUAGAAAAGUACGAGAAAAUUUGGCAAAUGAAACGGGUUUAAGUGUUAGAGUUGUUCAAGUUUGGUUUCAAAAUGAAAGAGCAAAAAUGAAGAAAUUGCAGCGACGUCAACAGCAAACUAGUGAAUGUCAUGAGAAAAAAGCAAAAGAUUUAGAUGAAGAGGGAGAGAAUAUCGAAAAUCGAUCAUCAGAUGAAUCACUUUCACACAGUAUAUCAAAUGGAUUUGUAUCAUCAAAUGAUGAUAAUAAACUUGAUGCAGUUGAAAAUAUGAAUUUGAAAGAUAAUGGUCAUAUGAUUAUGCGUGAUUCAUUGCAUGAUUCUGUUACAUUUAUGAUGAAUGGAGAUGAGCAUGAACAAAUGUCAACUCCAAUUGCUAAACUCUAUUCAAUGCAAUCGGCCUAUUUUUGUUCAGCAUGUUAA